GCCGGACAGCCGGUAAUAGUUGCCACCCAUCUUGUUCCUCCAAAGAAAAAAAAAGUCGCCACCGCCCAUCCCCAUCCCGUACCCCGAUCCCUGGCCGUCGGCGCGCCGCACCGCCACCAUCUCCGCGCUGUGCCUGCCUCCAGUCCGCCUGAACCGAACGCCCAGGGCUUAGUCCUAUUGUUUUCCUCCGAAUUCUAACGGAAAGAUGCCGCGCAUCCCGCUGAUCAAAUUCCCCAAUAGAAAUCUUAAAGUCCCAUCCUCACCAGCGGCCAAACCUGCAGAUCAGCACGCGACCCUCAUGGCCCGAUUGGGAGCUAAAGUAGACGUACCACCUUCUGGAGAGAAAAAAAAUUACCGCUUUAAAUCAGAUGUGCCUUCCCCACCUUCUCAUACUGCUGUUGGAGGGCCAGCUUCAAAGCUUCCCAAACGCAAACCACUCUCUGAGGAAGAGAUUGAGGCUAUCAUGAUGGGUGGUGUCUUCUGAUAUUGCUUCUCCUCAUCAUUGUUACAUUUUGUGGAGCAUCAAUAAGAUUCCCUACACCCUGUGUUCUUGAUCUUCACCUGCGAAGUGUGUUAUUAGAGCCAUGUUUAUAUGGAACUGUUACCUUUUAGUCGAUCUUGGUCCCCAGAAGUCACCAGCUGCCAGACUCGUUUUCUGAAUAUUCUCCACCUGUGACUAACCAAAAUGGUGAACAUGAACAUGUGAAGUAUGGGUGCAUUGACAGACAUGUUGAUCAGGGAAUGAUUUAUGAACCUCUAUGUUUUCCUUGUAUUUCUGUCUGUAAGGUUUCUAUUAGUGCCUGUUUUUGUUUA